GCCAGGCCUGGCUCCAGUCUCUUCUCCUGGCACCCCGUGCUUAUGUCUCUGGCUUGAUGCACCUAAUUUUCCUGAAACAGUGCACCCACGUGGCCAACUCUUGCCAAGAAAUUGUAUCCAGUCCUGUGUCAGAAAAACAAAGCUUGUGAAUCAUUUAUAACUGCCACAUCUCAAACCUUGUGUUCGUUUGCUGGGUAGCACAGCAGAGAUGACAUUUCAGAAUAGCACCUAGAAGCAGUGUGGAGAGGUACCUUCUGCUGGUUACUCAGAGCAGAUGUUCUGUCCCAGAUGGAGUUCUCCAUUCUUGUGCCACCAAAUAGAUACCCGUUAGUGGGGAGAGAAUGAAGCGGAAUCUGCCCAUCCUAGCUGGCAGCUUAGGUUAUAUCUAAAGCUUUCUUCCCUUCUGCUGGGCAGCACUCUCAUUUAGUGUCCCAUCCCUGUCUCCCCAGUUCUCUUUCCUGAUGACCGAGGCACUGCUGGUGUUCUCUCCUGAGAGUUCGCUGCUGCGCUCCCUCUCGCGGAAGGGCCGAGCACGCUGCCACUGGGUUCUGCAGCUGCUGGCCCUGCUGUGUGCACUGCUGGGCCUGGGCCUUGUCAUCCUUCACAAGGAACAGCUUGGCAAAGCCCACCUGGCCACGUGGCAUGGGCGGGCAGGGCUGCUAGCUGUGCUGUGGGCAGGGCUGCAGUGCUCAGGUGGGGUGGGGCUGCUCUAUCCCAAAUUGCUGCCUCGAUGGCCCCUGGCCAAGCUCAAGUUGUACCAUGCCACUUCUGGGUUGGUGGGCUACCUUCUGGGUAGUUCCAGCCUCUUGUUGGGCAUGUGCUCACUCUGGUUCACUGCCACAGUCACCGGUGGGGUCUGGUACCUGGCUGUGCUAUGCCCUGUUGUUACCAGCUUGGUCAUUAUGAACCAGGUGAGCAACGCCUACCUGUACCGCAAGAGGAUCCAGCCGUGAGCUCUUCCCAGAACUAGGGGAAGCCUGGAUUUGCCCCUCAGUGUGGUAGCCGGGGCUGAGACCUCCUGGACUCUCUCAGCUGACUCGGUCACGGGACACCUCAGGCACUGGUGCGGUCACGGGUAGCCGGAGUCCUUUGUGUGACAUUAUUACUUGCUCCUCAUGCUGGAGUACCUCCCGUUUCCUUCUUUCUCUGCCAUCCCAGAGGAGUUUAUGGAUCAUGUGUCUGGAUGAAGUUGGGUUGCAAGACUGCCCCCUGCCCACAGCAACUCAACUUGUGCUGGUAUGUCCAGAAAUGAGAUAAGAGAAAAAAGUAAAAUAAA